AUGGAUACAGAAGAUCUUUUGCUACAAUCUUUCGCAGAGAUUCACUCUUCUUUCGAAUCAGAACCUUGCAAUCAUGAAAAUGAUGAAAUCUGCAUGUCGCUCCAAAACGGGGCCCGCCGCAUUUUGAAGCUCGUGCAAGAACUCAUAAACCGCCUUGUCAUUCUUGCAUCCGAAAGCUGGGAACGACUCUACGAGUGCAUGGACCUGCGAGAUGAAAAUGUGAGAUUGAAAGAGCGACUGGAAAACAGCAUAACGCUAGAGGACUGGGGGAAACCGCUCCAUACGCUGAGGACAGCGCUCGAGGCAGAUAAGGAAGAUCUCGUCCCAAAGUUGACCCAGGCGAUCAAGGAACUGCAUAAAAGGCAUCGGGACAUGGUGGAGAGGCUGCUAAAUGCCAUGUCGAGAAAUUGGGAGCUGGAAUACAAAUGCAGGGACCUAGCCGGAGAGAUCUGGUGGCUCAAGGAGCACCUGAGGAACAGUGUCUUGGCCGAAGACUCACAAAUGCCCUCGCUGAAGCCCAAAACAGCGCUGGAGGACGCCUUGGAAAAAGAGAUCCAGCGACUAAAGGAGGGCGAGAGGCGAAUGGCUAGCAGAAGCAGGUCUAGAUCAAUGUAA